CGGCGUAUGACUUCGUUUUCGAGAAGAGUGGUGGAAGGACCGACCCCCUCCUACACAUAACCCUCAACUCACUGUGCGUGCUAAACGGUGUUUUCUAUACACUCGUCGCAUUGAGGUGUAUGUGUGUGUGUAUAUAUAAUAUUGUCUGACCCAAUGAGCCUGUUGUAUAUGUGUUUUGCGGUGGAAAGUAUUGAAAACGGACCCGCUUGAGCGAAGGUGCUGUCACUUAUGAGGGUGAUGCUCAAGGGUUAAGUAGGCCGCCAGAUGCGGGGAUAGAUUGUCGAGCAUCUCGUACGAAACCACCUGAGCACCCGGACGAUUUGCUGUAUCUCCCGCUGUAAUCUCCAUCUCCUCCACCACCACCAUCACUACCACUUUCCUCAUCAGUCGCAUCUCAGAUCGCCAUAUAACCACUCUAGUGAUAGCAUCUCCCCUCAACCAGUAAUUGGCUCCUUGUUUCUGGAGAGUCUUCACUUCAAACGGAUUUAACCCACCACCUCUCGGCUCAAAACAUAUAGAGACUUUCACUUUAUUCCUCUGUGUGUUUGUACCCCUUGCUCGGUCGCUGGACGGCUGCGGUACCGUGGACCAGACAGACUUGAGCCCCUAACGGAGAAGGGGAAGAAGAAGAAGUUCCAAUGCUCAUCCAUUCGCUCUCCCCUCCAGUCGCUCACCCAUCUAAACUGGAUUCAGGGAAUACAAUCUCCUCUUUGGAUCUAAGGAGAUUUUUACCAUUUGAUGCCAUGGAGGAAAUCACGAAACUGAGCUGCAAGCGGCGAGCCUCGCUGUGCGUAGGCUGCGGUGGGAGCAUACAGGACCAGUACAUCUUGCGGGUAGCACCCGACCUGGAGUGGCAUGCUGCAUGCCUCAAGUGCGCCGACUGCUGUACGUACCUUGACGAGACGUGUACGUGCUUCGUACGGGACGGCAAACCCUACUGCAAAAGGGACUAUCUCAGGUUAUUUGGAACGAAGUGUGCGAAGUGUUCCCAAGGAUUCACUAAGAAUGACUUCGUGAUGCGAGCGCGGAAUAAGAUCUACCACAUAGACUGUUUUCGUUGCGUGGCUUGCAGCAGGCAACUCAUUCCCGGGGACGAGUUUGCGCUCAGGGAAGACGGUCUAUUCUGCAAGGCGGACCACGAAGUGAUGGAGAGACCAGGGGACCGGGACCAGGUACCCAAUGUCAACCAUCGGAAUUAUAUCAAUGCAACCCGAGCUGAGCCUAUGCCCAACCGGACCUCUUCCGGUCGAUCCCACGUCCAUAAGCAAGAGAAGCCUACGCGCGUCCGCACAGUGCUAAACGAGAAACAACUCCACACGCUACGGACGUGCUACGCGGCCAAUCCGCGUCCUGACGCGCUCAUGAAAGAACAACUGGUCGAGAUGACGCAAUUGAGCCCUCGUGUGAUCCGCGUAUGGUUCCAGAACAAACGAUGUAAGGACAAGAAGAGGACUGUGCUCAUGAAGCAGAUUGCCGAUCAGCAGGCCUCCAAGGAUCCAAACCGCCGAGUGCAAAGCUUCAACGGAGUCCCGAUGGUAGCCUCUAGUCCUGUACGCCACGAUUCUCAGAUGCCACAGGGUAGUCAGGUAGAGGUCCAGAGCUAUCAACAACCACCAUGGAAAGCACUCAGCGACUUCGCAUUGCAGAGCGACAUCGAACAACCACCAUUCCAACAACUGGUCAACUUCUCUGAGCAAAGCCUCGGACAGACGACACUCGUCAAGGACAUUCCUCCUCGAGAUGACGCCGCCCCUGGAUCGGGGAUGAGUCUACCCCCAACACCAGACUCCUCGGAUCGGAUGCAUUCCUCACAUCUCGAUUUAGAACCCCUUAGUGCCAGCGACUAAGUCCAUCGAACAAGCAAAUUAAUAAGAAGAUCCACAACAGCGAACGAGAACCGUCUGCUAAAAACUUUGAGUGAUCUUAGCACUUGACGAGUGGGUCUUGCUUUCCGAGGGUCGAAUUUUGCCAGCCGUGUUUUACUAUGGACGUGACAGGAGUUAACACGAAUGCUAGACGUUAUCAAUAUCAUCGCUAUUCUACAAGGAAUUAUACAUACUUUCUCGCCUCA